AUGGAAAACUCCAAUCCUUCGAGCAAUGCUCGUACGGGGCAUGACUCAAGAAUUCCUCCCUCAGAAGCAAAAGCUCAGCCUGAUACAGGUGCUUCAAACAUCCACAAACGAAGUCUUUCUGGCGGACUCCUAUCAAAACUUUCAUUCUUGCGAACGAGCAAUGAUGAUAAUCAUGCCUCACCAGACCAUGAACCAACCAGUCCCGAGUUCACCCCAGGGGAUGAUCGAAAUUUGGCAAAGAAGACUAGCAGGGCCAUGGCUGUGGCGGUUCAGCAGCAGAAGACGAGAAGAAGGAAAGGGUCGUUACGAAAGGCUGCACUUCUUGGGCGGGGAGCUCAACGAGAUAGAAAGGAAAUCAUCACACCUCCUCUAGAGACGGGGCAGCCUACCUUAUAUGGUGGCGACAUGUCCACAAGUCCAACGUCUCCAGAAGAGGUGAUGCACUCUAAUGGCUUUGGUUUGGCCAUCAAUACCAAUACACGCCCUCCUCUUGAAGGAUUCGCACCUCGUGGUGGUCCUCUCUUGCCACCCAUCAGGACACUUCCAAUGGGAUCUGAUUACCACCUUACAUCGCCGACCAUGGACAUCAGUCCCACGUUGACUUAUACUUCAACCACGGAUGAAGACGACGUACUCAUUAUUCCAACACAUAAUCUGCCAGCCCCUCGUGUACCUUCUCCAAAUUCGUCCGGCUCGGAUUUGUAUUUUGCUGCUGGUGCUAGCUCACUCACACGCAGACGCUCUGCAAAAAAGGCCAAGUCGCCUCUAUCGAUUGGGGGGCUCGCUGCAAGUCCGCUUCCAGUUUCUGAUGCAGACUGGGACUACUCGGAGACGGAGUGGUGGGGCUGGGUGGUGUUGAUCGUGACUUGGGUAGUCUUCGUGACGGGUAUGGGCUCCUGCCUUGGGGUUUGGAGUUGGGCUUGGGAUGUGGGAGAAACACCUUACGCCCCUCCUGAGUUGGAGGAUGAUCCUACAUUGCCUAUUGUGGGAUAUUAUCCAGCGCUCAUUAUACUCACAACUGUGAUGGCAUGGGUAUGGGUAGUAGUUGCGUGGGUUGGGAUGAAAUACUUUCGUCAUGCAAAGAUCAGUGGUGACUGA